UACUUGAACUCCAAGCCAAAGAAAGCCAACUACAUCAAAGAUUCCUCUUGUAAUAACAUGUAGUAUUAAUACCCCUUUUAGCCAAGAAGAGGGGAGAAAGAGAUCGAUAAUUUUGAAGUUAGGAGAAUUUAUUGAAAGAUGGGAGAGAUGAUUGUCUUCUUUGACAUCGAGACAACAGCGCCGGCCAGCGAUGGCGGGAGAUUGUGGAUGUUGGAGUUCGGAGCCAUAUUGGUUUGCCCCCGCAAGCUAAGAGAGGUGGACAGCUUUUGCACUCUGAUACGACCGGGUGACCUCUCCACCGUCGCGCCAAAGCGGUUCAGCGGCAUCACCCGCGAUGCUGUCGCUGCCGCUCCAGCGUUUGAGGAGGUCGCCGACCGCAUAUUCGGAAUCCUUAAUGGAAGGGUUUGGGCAGGCCAUAACAUCCAAAGAUUCGAUUGCCACCGUAUCAAGGAGGCCUUUGCCGACAUCGGUCGGCCGCCACCGGAGCCGAAAGGAUUGAUCGACUCUUUGGCCAUCUUAACGCACGGGUUUGGAAGAAGAGCAGGUGAUCUCAAGAUGGCAACCUUGGCUUCUUACUUUGGCCUUGGGCAGCAAAAACACAGGAGCCUUGAUGAUGUUAGAAUGAACUUAGAGGUCCUCAAGAACUGUGCAACAGUCUUGCUCUUGGAAUCCAGCCUUCCACAAAUCUAUCCAAACAAGAGUUUGGGGAACCAAGGGAUGGUGACUAGAAGCAAAGCCAACGGGCGGCCGUUGUCGUGCGGCAUGGAAGCCUAUCGAAAAUCUCCUCCAGCGGCGACUUCCCUCGGAAGCCAUCGGGCGUCUCCUUACGAGAAGGAUCACAAGAUAGGAAAGGUGAUGGAGAGAGCAAAGGAUGCUCUAAGGAAGAGUGCAUCCCUAAAGACCCUGCUUAAACACUCAAGAACACUGCUUAGGUGAGGAAGAAGAAGGAUCAAAGUUGAGGAAGAAAAAGGAGAGCUAAUGGAAAAAAAGGAUGAAUUAGUUCUCUUUUUUGGCCUGUUCAAGUUGAUGAUGUACAUUCUCAAUCAGUUUAAUUCAAUCUUUUCUAUUUAUCAAGCUUAAA